AUGGGUAAUUCUUUCAGUGUCCAAAAUCAAAAUAAUAUUAAUGAUUCUAAUUUGAACAACCCAAGCAAUAUAAAGCAUAAUACAAACUAUGACACUCCUACAGCUAUCAAUAUAUUACAAGCAUUAUUUGAAAGUGAAAAUUAUUGUUUCAAUUCAUUUUCAUCAAAUGAUCAUGGUAAAAUUGUUAAAGAAAUAAUUGAAAAUUCUCAACGACAAGAACAAACAACAACUAUAGAAUUGAAAGGCGAUCCUAUCUUAAAUGAAUUCGUCAAUGAUCUAUAUACAAUCUUCAGUAGUUAUCCUUCUGUUGAUAAUAUAAAUCAUGCUACUGAUAGAGGUAUGGUUAAAUAUGAAAUCUAUUCAAUUCAAUCUUUAAAUUCAUUAUCUUCUUCAACAACUAAUAAACAAUCUAAAUCAAUAUGGCUACCGAAAUCUAUGACUAUUGGUGAAGCUCAUCGUAUAUUAUCUACCAUAUUAUAUAGUGAUAAUACUGAUACAAUACCUGUUGAUCUUGCUGAUUAUGUAUUAGUAUAUGAAAAUAUAAUGAUUUCAUUAGAAAAUGACAAAAAAGAAUUAUAUGAAGAAAUUUUGAAACUUUCAUUUCGAUUGAAUCGAGUUGCAUUACCACCAUUUCGAUUGUUAGUUAUUCAUAAAUCUAAAUUAUUAUUAUUAGAACGUAAAGAAUCAAAACCAUUAUUAAUGGAUAAUGGAACCAUUUCAGUUUUACAAUUAAUUAUGUUUCAUUUACUUACUAAUACUAUAAAUCAAUUAGAAAAUGAAAAUUCUGAUUAUAAUAAAACUAUUAGUACUAUCCGUAAGGAUCAAGAUCAUGAAUAUUGGCCAAUUACUGAAAUUAAAAUGGGAAUUAUUCCUUCGUCACAAUUAAUUCAUCCAUUAAAGUAUAAUAAACUAUGUCAACAUAUUGCUAAAAUUAUUCAAACGAAUAAUUUAUCGGAAGAUAUUAAAAGGAAUGUAGAGAAUUGCUUUAAAUUACUAGAAAAAAUAUUUAUUUCAGUUGGUGCUGAUGAAUCACACAUUAAAUUUGUAACAACGGCUAUGUCCAAAUUAGUCCCAGUAUAUGAUUAUCCAUUAUUAAUAGCAUUACCUUAUGACCGCUUAUUAUUAACACAAUUUUAUAAAAUAAGAUGUAUUGAUGAUCGAUAUGCUCAAGGAAUUAUGGCUAAUGGAAAGUAUUUUUCAUUGAAUAACAACGCUUAUACUCCAAUGUUGGAAUUAGGAAUUAAUCCUGGUUCUAUCAUUCAAUUGAAGUUUAAUAUUCAACCUGAUACUAUCGUUCAUGGAAAUCUAUUCGUUUCUCAGGUUAAUGAUACAAAAAUUACUGACCAUUGUCAAAAUAUAUCAGGUAUCAAGACAAAUAAAUUUGCUAUAACACAGUACGAACUUUCAGCUGAAUUUGAUAAUAAUGCAGUUAAUUUAAUGUUUCCAACUAAAGCCAUUAAUGUGCUUAAAUCUGCUGAAGAAUUAAAACAAAAAUCAAAUAAAGAUAAAUCAAAAGCAAGUAUUAUUUCUGAAAAACAUCCUGUGAUGAAUUACUUAAGAUCAAAUUUAAAAUCGUCAAGUAAUUGGAUUCAUUCAUCAACAAAAAUAAAUGAAUCAAUACAGCAAAUAGAGAAACUAAAUAUUGAGAAAACAAAUCCAAAUCAAACAACUCAAAAUAUACCUUCAAAUGGAAAUAGUUUAGCUCAAGCAAUUCAAACUACUACUAGUUCAGCCACAUUAAUUAAUAAACCGUCAACUUCUUCCUUACCUUUCAUAGAUAAACCUGAAUGUUUAAAUUGUUUAUCACAACUCAAUGAUGAUAAUUUGGAAUGUCCACAUUGUACACAAGUAUUUUGCCGAAUAUGUAUUGAAUCUAGUUGUGAUAAUACAAAUCAUGAACAUUAUUGUCCAACAUGUUCCAAUAAAGUUAAAUUAUCAGAAUAUCGUAAAUCAAAAAUUAUUGACAAAUUUGAAACAGAAGGUAUAUCGGCAUUUGAAUGUUUCAUUUGUCAUUCAAUACCAGAAAAACAUAGAUUAUGUCUUGAUCCAAAUUGUUCAGCUUUAUUUUGUUACGAUUGUUGGGAAAAAAGCAAUGAUAAAAACAUAUUAAACACUAACCAAGAUUCCGAUUCUACUGGAAAAUUUAAAUGUCUUCAAUGUAAAAAAGCUGAUGUGUAUGAAAGUAAUGCUGUUAUGUAUUAUUCUUGUCGAGUUAUUGAAUAUCAAAUAGCAGAAGAAGUUGAAUCAAAAUCAGUAGUAAGUAAAUCAUUACCAAAUACGGCAUGGAAAAAAGAAGAUUACUUACCCGAAAAAGGAACGUUAGAAGAAAAUCAUAAUCGAAUUGUAUCAGUUAUUCAUUUCAAUGAUAGUCAUAUUCAAUUUAGUGAUAAAAAAGAAGAUUGUCCACUAUUAAUAAUAAAUGAACCACCUGAAUAUACAUGUCCUGAAAGUCUUCGAUUGAGUUAUUGGAACACUGAAAAUGAAAUAAAUCGUUGGGAAGAUGAUAAAAACGUUCAAUUUUAUUCAUACAAUCAGAAUUCAAAUGCAGUCUAUAAACUGCAUUUUACAAGUUUUACUGCUCGUAAUAAUCGAUUUGAAGAACGCAUUAUGUUAGAUAAAGCGUUUUUUGACACAACUUACGAUUAUGAUUUUACAAAAAAAAAUGAUGCUGGUAGAACUUUUCAACGCGGUCCAGAACCUUAUACACGACCAUGUGGAUGGUAUAGAAAAGCUAUUAAAGUGCUUGGAAAAUAUGAAAAUGCUGAAUGGUUAGGAACAGGUACAGAUGCAUGGCCUGUAGGGUUUACACGAUUUACUGCCGUGAGAUUUACUGCCGUGUAA